AAGAACGUUCUCUCGCAGGGGCUCACACUGAUCCAAGUUAGGAGCUUUCAGCUGCCAGCCUUGGCCCAUCAUGUAAGUGCUGCGGAGAAUUCUUUGCAGUGCAUUUGCAGAAUUACCUGAUUUCCCGACGGCCGUGCAUCCGUCCCGGCGCCCUGCGCACGGACGCGCACGCUUCGGACGCGAAAAGGCUCCAAGUGCAUGAAGAUCGAGGCUUGUGUUUUUGCAUCUUUGUUGCAGAAAGCGAGCCGCUGAAGCUCCAGUGCGAGGGCGAUGGAGGGAGGGAGUGAGAAAGAAGGCAAAGUCUUUUGUGCUUCCCCUCCCCCUCAUCAAAGCAAAGGGGAAAUGUCUCAGUCGAAGGGAGGUAAGAGGAAGCGGGUGCUCAAGCUCCCCAAGGAGGCGUUUGAGCAGGCUACCAGUACCAGCUCAGUACCCCCCAGAGAUUUGGAUUCGAAAGCUUGUGUAACAAUCGGAGAGAAGAAUUUCGAGGUGAAGGCAGAUGACCUGGAGCAGAUCUCCGAGCUCGGCAGAGGAGCGUACGGCGUGGUGGACAAGAUGAGACACGUGCCGAGUGGCCUGAUCAUGGCUGUUAAGCGCAUUCGGGCCACGGUGAACACUCAGGAGCAGAAGAGGCUGCUCAUGGAUCUGGACAUCUCCAUGAGGACAGUGGACUGCUUUUACACCGUCACCUUCUACGGAGCACUAUUCAGAGAGGGCGACGUGUGGAUCUGCAUGGAGCUGAUGGACACCUCCCUCGACAAGUUCUACAAGCAGGUGAUUGAGAAGGGCCUGACCAUCCCCGAGGACAUCCUGGGAAAGAUCGCUGUCUCAAUAGUAAAAGCUCUGGAGCAUCUCCACAGCAAUCUGCAAGUCAUACACAGAGAUGUGAAACCCUCCAAUGUCCUGAUCAACACUCAGGGCCAAGUGAAGAUGUGCGACUUUGGCAUCAGUGGCUACCUGGUGGACUCUGUGGCUAAAACCAUGGACGCUGGCUGCAAACCCUACAUGGCGCCGGAGAGGAUCAAUCCUGAGACCAACCAGAAAGGCUACAACGUCAAGUCGGACAUCUGGAGUUUAGGAAUCACGAUGAUCGAGCUCGCCAUCCUGCGCUUCCCGUACGACUCGUGGGGGACACCUUUUCAGCAGCUGAAGCAGGUGGUGGAAGAGCCUUCGCCCCAGCUUCCCGCCGACCAGUUCUCCCCUGAGUUUGUGGACUUCACUUCUCAGUGCUUAAAGAAAGUUUCCAAAGAGCGGCCGACUUACACAGAACUCAUGCAACAUCUCUUCUUCACCUCCCACGAGGCCAAAGAAACCGACGUGGCUAGCUUUGUGAAAGUCAUCUUGGGAGACUGAGUGCACUGGAGGGAGGGGGAGGAAUCUGUUAAAAAAGAGGAAACAAAAAAAAAAAAUCCAAGAAAAAAACACCAAUCGCAGCUCCCCCCACCAUCCCAUUUACCCGCAGGAUUCCCUCUCACCCCUCCCUCCAGUGGCAGACAAACGGAGCCCAGAGGAACCGCUGACGAAGCAGAACGAGGAGUCUGUCCCCGCCCCCCACCUGGCCUCAGCCCCCUCCUCUGUGCAUCACCUGGCACGGUGGGAGGAGUUUGGGAGACGGGAGCCUCACACAGAAUCUGGAGUAAUUUAUGAUGUGUGUAUGCAAAGCCUCCCCGUUUGAUUCGAUUUGCCCCGCUGCUGCGCUCCUCCUCGAGCGCUGUUGUUAGCGCGCUGACUCUGUGGCCUCCACAAGGGUCGAGUCAUAGUUUCUUUUUUGCUGAAAAGCAGAAGCGAGAAGAUGUGCAGAUUAUAUAAAAAAAAAGAAGAAUGAUAUAAUCUAUCUGUGUAUAAUCUAAAUGUUUGCAUACUCGAAGCAAGUGUUGCAUCAGAUUAUUAAUUGACUGCAUGUACAGAAUUUCUCUCUGGGUAAAGACGGGCUCAUGUGGCCAGUGAGGAACAGUUGGAGAGUCCGAUUGUUGACUUCAGGGGCUCCCCCCAGUGGUCACAAAGAGGUACUGCACUUACACUGCUUUCCCCCCUGAUUACAGUGGAGGUCAACUACACAUUUUGGGCUCUUGGCUGCCUGUGAGCGUGAAUGUGUGCGAGCUGGUGCAUGACAUGUGUGUGUGGGGCAUGUUCACAGAGCUGCACGGCUCCAAAUCCAAGUAGAAACGCAGUUUUCGUGCUCCGCAACAUUUUUUUAUGGAUUUUCUGCAGCCUCGCUGCCCCUGUAAGAGCUCAACAGGCAGGGCAACACUCUUACGUUGCUUUAAAAGUACAGGCGACUAUGCAUCUGCACAUCAUGUUCAAAUGUGACGGAUGUAAUAAAGAGCUUUAUUUUAAAACUAGUUAGUAUGGUAGUCUAGUACAAGCAUAGACUGUAUAUUAAAGAUGGAAAUGGCCACCAUGACACCACCGUGUCAGCAAGGUUCUGUAAUUUGAAAGGCGUCUAAAUAAAUUUUGAAGUUGUGCUUUUUGAUGUGACUGUACCCAUGUGGUCGGGGUGCCCCAUCAGCAAACUCAGCGAUGACUGCUGGUUCAAACACGUCCAUUUAUUUUUAAUGUAUUUCUAAUUUGACCCCUCAAAAGACCCCAAACAAAAGAUGUGAGAACAAUGAAAGUUGCGAAUAGAUAUCAAACUGUUACACUUUACCGUGAUAUUGUAAAGUAAUGUAGCCAAAAGCACCAAAGUCCAAUAGAUAUGAGAUUCUGAGGUCCAGCAGCUUUGGCUGGUUUGAAGCCACUGACUGCUCCGUCCCUGAUCCUUCCUGCGUGAAGCUGAAUCGCAGAUCUUUGAGACAAAGCCGGAGCCGAGUCGCAGCCGUGCAGCUUCGUGUCGCUCACACACACACUUUAAAUGUCGGGGUGUGUGUUUGCGUGUGCGUGUGGGCUGUGUGGGGGAAGAUUUUCUCCUUGUUGUCUGUACUGAGCCAAUCACAACCCUCUCCACUCACCAUGAAAAGAACUGGAUACUAUUGCUAUUAUUAUUAUUAUUAUUAUUAAUAUUAAUUAUUGUUAUUAUUUAGAUCCAGGUUUUUUCUCCCCCCUUCGACAUACUUACUGCAGUUUCUCUUAUUUAUUAUAACUGCUGUUUUCCCUUUGGAAACUUGACCGAACCAUUUGAGACUCUCCUCACGUGUUUGUGUGAGCUUUGUAUGGUUUUUGUUUUUCUUUGUGUUUUUUUUUUGUCGUGUUCUUCUUGGCUCAAACACGUGAAAUGCUUUUAAUCUGUAACUUGCAAGCCUUCUGUGUGCCUCUAUAUAGAAACCCUCUAAGGAAAAUGAGAUGUUAAGAAUGAUGCAGGGAUCCGCUCCCUCCCUCCUCACACGCUGCAUGGCAUCAUAAUCCCACUUUGUGUUCCUUGUUGUACUGUAGCUCAUGCUCGUUUUUUUAUGUUUUUAUGCUUGUGUUCAUCUUUCUCGUUGCCUUUGUUCUUGGCCUCUUUCUCGCAGUGAUUUCUGUGGAGGCCGAGCUGACGCCUUCUAGAUGUCAUGUAAGAAUUACUCUGAUGUCAAAACGGGAAACUUGAAGUGUUUUAAGUGGCAGAGCGGCGAGGCUUUGUCCUGGUUUGAGGAUUUACGUCAUCCUCACGCCUUUUAAAUAUUAUAUUGCUGAAUUAUCACGUGAUUUCUUCUAAUUUUGACUUCAGUCAAAAACUGAACCCAAAACACUUCUAAUCUGUUCUGACAAGACUUUUACCCCCGACUCUGCUCGACAUUACAGCAUCGAUAAAUCGUCACUAUACAACCACAAACCCUAAAACUCGGGGGUCCACCUUCAGUCGAAUUAGCUGUUAGAGUUGCAGUCAAACUGGGCAUCAACAUCAUUUAAAGCUGUAUUAAAUUAUUAGUUUGUACAAAUUUGAAAGAACUUUUGGGCCAUCCGGGGGCACAGCACCCUGUAAACAUAUCAUUGAUAUUUAUGGUCAUAUACGCGCAUCAUAUUUGCUUCUAUCUAUUCAUGCUUAAGGUCAUCACAACAAAAGGCUUCUUCCCCAGACACUCCUGUCUGCCAACACUCCCUCAGACGUGGUUUGCAGAUCCGGUAUACACACCUGCAAACAACUCAAACAAUCUCAGCUGUAAUCAGAGCUAACUGAGAGAAAACAAACUCCAGCUAACAAAGUGGAAGGAGAUGAUAAUGCUCCUAAUUCCUCCUUACCACGUCCAUUAAGAAGACUUCAGUUUUCCAUUCCGGCAUUCCUGUCUCCAGGAUCAUACUGUGCACGCAUCCGUCCAGGUCUCAGAUAUGGAAACACAGUCGUGAGACGUGCAGCAGCAAAACAGACACACACCCCUCCCUGAACCCGAUUGAAGCUGACUUAGGACCCAGUUGGACUUGAUUUAUCAUUGUGUAGAGGCUUCAAACACACAGGAAAUGUAGUCGGAAUAAACAAACCUGUGUGGCACUGGGCCUUUACCCGACUAGCUGUCCUCCCUGAAGUUCAAAAACAUGUUAAACUCAUAGAAGACGUCUGAAUAAUGAUGAGCUUUGACUGAAAAGUCAGAGGACACGUUUCCUCAAUACUAACUCGGCAGAUCUUCCUGGGAGGCAGCGCUGGUCCGACUUGCUGCCUGAGCGUGCGGGUACAACCACCAACUCCAACACAGUGAUCCGGGACGCUGUGAGACCCAUGUGGGUGUCUGAUCAAGCCGUCUGGUAACCAAGUGAACAGCAGAAACGUUGGCGCCUAUCAACCUUUCACUAUUCAACCAAACUGAAGUCGAUGCAGAGCUUAGCUCAGUGAGUGCUGAGGGCUGUAAACUCCUAGAUUCAUGGUUGGGGAAAAAUGUUUUUUAGCUUUUAGUUUUUGUCAACCAGGACAUUUUUACGACUGAGCAACCACAUUUACCCAAAAACAUCAUCUGUGGACCUCUGGGGCUCUAUUUAAAAGAAAUAAUAUUCUCUCUGCUGUUUUGCCAGACUCCAAAACAAAGUCUCCUGCCCUCAGUCGAGUACAGUUCGCUCUGUCAUGUUAUCAGGGAAGUUUCCUGUUUUGAUGCAGAGUAAAAACCUUCCUUUCACCCUAUAACCUGCUCCCUGUUGGGCUCCAGUCCCACAACCUUUGGCUUAGAUAAUUCCUUGAAGUACUGCGAACACGCCCAUGCCCGCCUCACAAAGCUGUCUUAUUUUUCUUUAUGAAGCUCUCACCGUUCUCUAUUUUUCAUCUAUAGUUCUCAUUUUCUGACUUCACCAACUGUUUCUCUGUGGUGAAGCUGAAUGUGAGGACUGGCAGCAGACAGAAGUCAUCGCGGCGAGGACAUUUAAGGGCUUCCUCAUUAGUGCAUCUCUGUACCGAAGAUGGAAAUAUACUGGAGAGACUUUUAAUUGCCCCUAGUGUUUUUAGGCCAUGAUGAAAUUAACAAAAUUCAAGUCACACUUUCUGGAAGCAGAGCAAAAUUAUCCAUCACAGGUCGAACCUCGAGAUUCUUUUUUUUCCAUUAGUGAAAAAUGGUUAUUAACCUAACUUAGCAAAUGUGACCAAAGAGCUGGAGCCAGGCUUAGGAGGCCGGGAAAGGUAGUCGGACUCGUCAUGGCACGCGUAGACUCGGAGCAGUGGAUUUAGGUUUGUGUGGCGUUCGUAGGUGUUUUAAGUGCCUAACAGUACAUAUCUGUGGUGUACAUUUACAUUGAAACACUUGUCUGUCUUCGUGAUUGAUGCUUAAACACUGUUUUGGUCCUUCAGUUCCUGUCCUGGACCCACUGACACUGCAAUUUGCUGUGAUGUUUUGCACUGUACCGAGGAGUCAUAUCACAUUGUCACAUUUACGAGUGUGUUACUGUAAGGAAGCAGUCAUUCAGUCGAUGAAGGGUUGCCCUGUGUGUGGUCAUUUUCCAUCUUUUUUUAUUUUUUUUUGUGAGAGAGAGAGUUUGGAGUUAGAGGCUCUGACUUUUAUUUAACUGAAAUUGUGAUACUGUAAAAAUUCUGAAAUAAUACCAAGCUUUUCUUCAACUGCUCACUUUGUUUUUGCUGCUGUUUGCACUCGUCAGCUAUGCUUAGUCUGUACAGCUGUCAACAUCAAAGAUGAAGGGUGACACUGACCCGACGGAAACCUGUUACAGAGCAAAGGCUUUUAUUGUGAAAAACCUUUUUGCAAAAGCCUGCGGAUCGCGUUUGGUUAUCAUGUUACAGGUUAGCGGCCUUGUAGUGAUUCUUGCCCACAAAUAUAGAUGGAAACAUUUAGUGCCACCAUAUAAACGACACCAAAACCCUUUAGUCUAAAUAAAAAUGAGCCAUUUUCACACAAGCUCUCAGACUGCAAGGAUGCAAAUGUAAAGCUGAAGCCUCGGCCUCAUUUAUGACCCUGUUAUGUUUUUACACAGGACUGAUUUUGUAUUGCACUAAUUCUGUUUAUCAUACCUGACCUGUUUCAUUUAUCUAUGAAAGAUUUUUAAAUGAUUCUAAUGUCUUUUUGUCUUUGAUGCAGACAAAGAGUGAAAAUAGCUGUGUGGCCUAACUUUUGGCGUCCCGUAUUUGCUUCAAGCCUUACGCAGCAGUAAAUCACAGCGCUCGUUCUGUUAGCGCUGAUUCACCACAAACAUCACAAUGUAGUUGUUAAACUCUUUGCUCCACCACGAGGCCAAUUCCUCUAAACGACACUCUGUAGGAGAAGCGGUUUAAAAAGAUGUGGCAGCAUUUUUACCCACAGAACUGUACGGCCGGGGUUAUAAAUGAGGCCACUCAGUCACCUGAAGGUUAAACACAGUUUACUGUGAGUGUAGAGCUGACUAACUGGUGAUUGGCUGUCAGGAGAUAGGCGGCUUCCUGUUGUCCGCUCAGUGCGAGGGCAGCCUCGGCCAGCGCCCUGACCUGAGUUCACGUGUGAAAAUGGCUUCAGUCGGCGUGACUGAACGUCUGCCGAGAGCUUGUACAACUUUAAGUGGGUUUAGUGUUAAAAUCAGUGGGAAAACUUUAAGUUCAUGGUUGCAAUUCAGAGGAGAUUAAAUUAAAUAUUUUAUAGCUGCCACUGUUUGCACAAUAUGAACCCAUAAAAGACAGAAUUAUGACAUUCCUGGAAAAUCAUUCUCGAUUGCACGCCGCUUUCCAAACAUGUCCACACAAUGUGCACAUGGUAAAUUGCAUUUUUUUAGUAGUUUCACAGAUUUUUUCCAAAAAAUAAUUGAAAAAAAUUCUUUAGAUUUGUGUUGAAGAAAUAAUUUUAAUUUUGUAGUUUUGCUUGUUCUGCCAAAACACAAGAAUAUGAAUAAUGUAUGCAGCUAAGUAAUGGGACACGUGCUACUGACAUACAGAAAGAAGCGGGAGAGUCACUUUAUGUGGUUGCAUCAAGUUCUUCAUAACUUAAAGCUACUUUAGUUUCUCUUACACUGAAAAUAAACAUUUUAUUCAAUUAUAUAUUUGGGUUUCCACAAAGAACAGUUGUACAGACAGCACACACACACACACACACACACACACACACACA